CUCUGCCCUCUUUAAAAACUCUCACAAGCUCUCUCGCCAUACUACACUGCACCCAUUCUGCACUCUUCUUUUAUAUAUAUAUGGUUUAGCAAGUUUCACAGGCAAUUUCUCUUCUUCUAUCUGUACCUAUGCACAGCACCCUCUUGGGCAAAAGCAAGGAUAGGUAAGUACGAAAAGAACAUGUUUAACUCACAAUGUCUACUGUCAAAGAAGGGGCCUUUAGGCACCAUAUGGAUUGCUGCUCAUUGUCUUAAACGCCUCAAGAAGGACCAGGUUAAGCAGACUGACAUUUCAUCUUCCGUGGAUAGGAUUCUGCACAAUGAAGUCGAGGUGGUCGCUUAUAGAAUUUUAGCGUACCUUCUUUUGGGUGUUGUGAGAAUAUUCUCGAAGAAAGUUGACUUUCUGUUCCAUGAUUGUCAUGAUGUGAUGAGAAACCUUAAAGACUUUGCUGGUGGAAGAAGUGCAGAUGAAUCUAUAGAAGUUAUGCGCACACCUUGUCUUUCUAUUACUCUACCCAAAAGAUUUGAACUUGAUGCUUUUGAUCUGGGAGUCUUGAUAGAUCAAGAAGUAAGCAGUGCUAAUGUGAGAGCUUCUGAAGAACUCAUGCUUCCAGAUACAGUGAAGGUGGGAGAGCACUCAAAUGACAAGUUUUGUUGGAGUGCGGAUAAUUCCUUUGAAGCUUAUUCCUCGAUAUAUACUCCAGUCAAGGAUGUAUUUUCCGAUCACUUGAUGGACAUUGAUUUCAACAUAACACCAUUACAUGAUGUGCAUGGCUUGAAAUCAAGCUUGGAGAACCUUCAUGGAGUUAGGUUCUCUCUUGAAGAGCGUCUGGAACCAAUGAUAUUUCAUGAAGCUGAAAAAGAGUCUGGUGUUGAAAUGCCAUCAAAUGAUGGGUGUCAAGCUGAUCUAGAGCAGAUGGGCAACCAUGAUAAAGGGGCAAUGGAUGACAUAGUUAAAUCUUUUGGUGAGGAGGAAAGCAGGGACAAGCUCUGUGGAACCAAAAAAAUAAUCUCAAACUCUGAUGAUGGAGCAAAAGGGUGUCAAAUUGAUGAAGACCAGAAAAAGAAUCUUGACAGUGGGAUAAAUGUUGUCGGACCAGAAAAAUUUAAUGAUAAGCAAAAUGUUGAACCCGAGGAAAUGAAGUUUCCAGAAAUGGCACCCUUAACUGAUCAGAUUACAACAAAGCAUCCUGUGUCGAUCACCAUUGAAUCCAAGUUUACUGGUGGCUCCGGUGAUGUUGCACCAGAAUCUAUAGCUGUCCGUACCCCAGCUGCUAAGGAGUGUGCUCGGGUUGUGAAGAAGCGCAAAUGUCUUUUUGAUGAUACUGUUGUUCUCUCUAAUAAAGUAGUCAAGCAUUCAAUUGAUGAUUCAAGCGACGUUGUCUGUAAAAGAAGGAAAGCACCUCAUACCUCUUAUCAUGCCUGGAGAGCUCACAAAAUAUCCAAUCUCCCUCAGAGUUUCUUGGAGCCUUUAAUUCCCUGGAAUUUAGCAGUAUUUAGAUCUCUUGUCCAGCACAAAAGAUUCGCUACCAGAGAGCUUGCAGAAAACACAGAAAUACAUGUGAAUGAAGUAAUAGAUGAAGUUCCUAUAAAUCAAGUACUUGCUGAAUCUCCUGUUAAAGAUAGAUCUGCAGAACAAACUCCAAUAGCUCCUGCAACACCUGUUACCUCAUUGAGAUUGCAAGAGGUCCGAGGAGCCAAUGGACGUGACAUAUUAGAACCUGCAAGCUCAUUUGAAAGCAUGGAGAAGUAUAUGACUCGGAAAGAGGAUCAAGAUUUGGGUGCCAGUUUGAUGGAUGAGGAGAUAAAUUCAAGCGCAGGAGAUACCCCUGGGAAAAAUGAAUGUUCUGUAAGAACUAGAAAAGUUGGAAGGUACUUGUAUGAGAAAUUCCAAUAUCAGAGGAGGCAAAAAGGUGAGAUGCGCAUAAACUUAACGCAGGUGUUGAAAGGAAGGUCCAGGAAAGAAAGUGCAAGGCUCUUCUAUGAAAUUCUGGUUUUAAAAACGGGAGAUUACAUAGAUGCGAGGCAGGAGAUUCCUUUUGGUGACAUCCUCGUACUGGAGGCUCCUGAGUUGAAGAAUACCGUUGAUACGGAUGCCGUCAGUUGAGGAGCUUGGCUCCACAGCAUACUUGUGCUUAUUUAGGGUUAUGCUGUAAAAUAUAUAAUUUUAUAUACUCAAACAAACUGAUUCACAGUGAUUUAA